CAACGCGUAAACACAACAGGAGCGAUUGUUUGAAUGUCAGUACAUCUCAGUAACCAUAACUUUAAGAAACAUUUCACAUUUCAAUGAAAAUCGUUCUCUCAUUUAUUUUUUGAGUCUUUGUCAUUACGUGAGAUUCUAAACUUAUAAACUUAAAGUCUACGUAAGCAAAUUAUUGAUGUGUUUGAGCCAGGCACAUUUCUCAAUUUGGUAAUCGAUGAACUAAAUCGAAGCAAUUUAUAUAUUUUCUUCGUGUAAAAAAGGUGACAGCACAAAAAUGGAAAAAGUCAAUUUACUCGAUUUUCCUGAUGAAAUAUUGAUCAAAAUUUUCGGUUAUUUCGACAAAAAGACAUUGUUCAAGGCAAAGCGUGUCAGCAAGCGCUUCAGAAAUAUAGCAAACGAAGUUAUGCCGGCAAAAUACAGCGGUAAAACGGAACAGGAUUGGUACCGAAUAUCUGAAAAAAGUUCACAGAAUGAUGCGGAGCGUUAUCGACCAUUUCUGCAGUCCUAUGGUACCAUAGUUUCCGCACUUCAAAUCAGUUUCCGUUUAAAAGUUUCGAACAAAAAAAACCAUUGGUUACUUUCUUUAAUCAAAGGAAAUCUGAAGAAUGUUACGAAAUUAAGAAUCACAGGAGACGCACGUAAAACACAAUUGAACGUGAAAGAUAUACUUUUAACAUUUCCAAAAUUGACUUCACUACGAUUGUCAGACUUUGAAAGUAUAAAUCCAUCGUGGACUUCACGCCAAUAUCCACAGUUAGAAAGCAUUGAAAUCGAUAAUGUCAGCGGCAUCGGUAGCUUAAAAAGUUUUCUGAGCAACAACAGACAACUACAACACUUCAAGUCUAGAGCCGUGUCAUUAAGAAUUGAUGACUUCGAUAUGUCGUCGUUAAAAUCGUUGUAUUUGGCGGACAGAGAAAUGAUCAUCAGUGAAAAUUCAAUGGCUAUCAUGGAGAAUUUGGUCGAACUUUCCAUUUAUUCCAGCUCGAAGUUGCUGUUCCAUGUUAUUAGUGUCGGAUGUAAGAAUAUCGAAAAAUUUACCAUUCACGGUUUUGGACCGAAUAUUUUUAACGACCAGUUAAACAUGCUCUCUUCACUCAAACAAAUGAAACAUUUGAAAAUGGAAGGUACUGUUAUCAUGGCGCAUCAAUUGAAAACCCUUAUUCGAGAAUUGCCGAAAUUGAUCACAAUCAAAGCAAGAUAUGAAGGAAGCGUGACUAUUGAUGAUAUUCAAUUAUUCAUUGGCGCAACAAAAAACCAUUCUUCAUUGCGUUCUAUCAAUUUGACAUCGGCAAAAAUGGACGAUUUUUUUAUUCAUUCUCUUUCAUUAAACUUCCACGAAUGGUUCAAUGCAAACGCAAAACAAGAUUUAACCGUGAUUUUAGGUUCGAUUGGUAGUUCGAUUGUCAUAACGAAAGAAAAAAUUACAAGACGUGGAAAAUUGAUUCACUGGUAUCGCGGCAAUGAUCAUGGUGGUGAUCAAAGUGGAAAAGAAUUUUUGGAACUAAACGACAAGUGUUUACACAAAAUCAUUGGCUAUUUGGACUUUGGUGGAAAAUUGGUACUUUAUCAAACAUGCCAUCGUAUGCAGAAGAUGAUCGAACCAAUUUUCAAACAAAAAUGUUCUCAAGAAGAUUUUCGCAUUCCGAAUGACAUGUUUUUGGCUGAAAAUUUCCUGCAACAUUUCGGUCGAUUCCUACCUCGCAUACAUUUAAAUGCCAGUGAUUAUUCACAAAACACCAUUUGGAAUUUGAUUCAUCAAUUUUGUCCGAAUCAUUUGGAAGAGCUGAUUAUUGAGGAAUCUCCCUACUCAUUCAUUUAUUAUUUGCAUGAACGUGGAAUAAUUUUUUCGCAACUCAAGACAUUGAAACUGAAAAGUUGGAAAUACACGUACCGUUAUCUAAAUCUAAAUCUACCGGAUCGAAUCUCAGGACAACUAUUCACAUUUUGCCCAGAACUGGUCCGUUUGGAAAUCGACGACACAAAAGCAUUUGAUGGUUUGAAUAUGUCAGCGUUUGGAAGUGGUCUAAAUCACUUGUCGGUGCUUCGAUUCAAACGUUGCAACAAUACUGUAAUAAAUUUUUUGAAUUGUUUGAACGACAACACCUGUGAUAGUCUUCGUGAUCUGUCUAUACGAGAAGUGAUAGCAAAAGUUGAUUUGCGCAGCUUUGAUGAUGAAUAUCACGGAUAUGGUUAUGAUGACGAAGAAGAGUACGAGGAAGACGAAGAGAACGAAGUGAUUGGCUCGAUCAACGAAAACAUGUUGCAUACAAUAACACGAUUCACAAAUUUAACAUCGUUGCAUUUGAUUGUUGAUGGAUUGUUCAAAGUGAAUUUAAAGACUUUGUUCGAAAGUUGCCCGAACGUGAAACUUUUUUCUGUUUUCUACGAUGUUAAUGCUGCGAAUAUGGAAACAUUCAAACAGAUUAAAAAGUAUGGUGCCAAAAUUGAAAGAUUGCAGAUUGCAAUGUGUGCAGAAGACAAAGAUUGGAAAUAUUUCAAAUUUCUGCAAAACGUCAAUCAAUUAUUUCCAAACAUUACUGUCAAGAUCAUCGAGUAUUUCAAAAAUUUUGAAAAUCCGGCCAACAGUUUCAUCCUUACAACAGAGUCGUUGAGCAACUGGAACUUCGAUGCACAAUUAUUCGGAUGAAUUGUAUUCGGAUCAACAUACGUAAAAUUUAAGCCAUAGCAUUAAGCGUUAAGAUUUUCUUAAAAUUGAAAUUCUUCCAUAGAUAUAAAAAAAACAUUCAAUCACAUUGAUGGUGACGUAAAAUAAAAGAGAAAAAUUGAAUACCUCUUAAUAAAUAGAUUUAAUUGGACAACUGUAA